CUGUGACCAGUGGCCAUGGCUUCCUGCUCUAUUGCCACUUCUCUAUCGCGCCUCUCUCUCCUCCGUCUAAUCCCCAAACCCUCUUCUUCUUCUUCUUAUUCUUCUUCAAUUCCUCUUUUUCCUACCACUACUCGGAAGGAUCCGAGUAGGUUUCGGUUGUUUUCGGCGUCAAUGGCUUCUGAACCCAAGGAAUCUCCCUCUAACAAUCCGGGCCUCCAUUCCAGCCCUGAUGAGGCCACUAAAGGAUACUUCAUGCAACAGACUAUGUAUCGGAUUAAGGACCCUAAAGUCAGUCUCGAUUUCUAUUCUCGCGUAUUGGGAAUGUCGCUACUUAAACGGUUGGAUUUUCCAGAGAUGAAGUUUAGCCUGUACUUUAUGGGGUAUGAGGAUACAGCAUCAGCUCCCAGUAAUGAAACUGAAAGAAUUGUCUGGACCUUUAGUCAAAAGGCUACUAUUGAGCUCACACACAACUGGGGUACUGAGAGUGAUCCUGACUUCAAAGGUUACCACAAUGGGAACUCAGAACCUCGUGGAUUUGGACACAUAGGCAUCACAGUUGAUGACACAUACAAGGCAUGUGAAAGAUUUGAACGUCUAGGGGUUGAGUUUGUAAAAAAACCAGAUGAUGGUAAAAUGAAAGGGUUAGCAUUCAUUAAGGAUCCUGAUGGCUAUUGGAUUGAAAUCUUUGACCUUAGAAGAAUUGGAACUGUGAGUACCACUGCUGCUUGAGAAAAUAAGACAAGAAUUUCAGGAAAAGUGGAGUGGAGUGGAGUUGUGGGUUGCCAGGGUUCCAUCUGCAGUGAGAAGACCUUAAUAAGAUUUUCUAUUGAGAACACUAUUUUGAUACAAGUAUUUCUGUACCUUUCCAUUCUUCUAUUUCCUCUGCUUGCUGCUUGCUUACUGAGUUCAAUAAGGCCAAACUGCAUCCUCCUUUCUUUCACAGCAUAUGGUUUUAGGUUUGGUAAAAAGUUGCUUUUUCAUUCCAAAA